GGAGGCAUACAGGGCAGAGACAAUAGAGCGAACAAGACACUACCACAGAGAGGCACAACGAGCCAGCGUCUCCCAGGGCACGCCGGAGACACUAGACCCGGAGAGGCUCCCAGGGCACGCCGCAGCACGGCCUGCAGUUGGCCCAACCAAUGGCUGAUGGGAGACUUGGUCGUCACAUUGUUACGUGGUUUAAAUCCUCUCAUCACUCGGGAUAUCUGUUUUGAUGGUCUUCACGUGGAUUCUAAUUUCUGAACGGUUCCAGAAUGAUGCUGAAAAAGGUGCGUUUCGAGGAUCCCCGUGCGUCCCGGACAGUGAAUGACAACGCGGAGGAAAUGGCCAGUCUGAACAACAACAUGGCCCAGUGUCACCAGGAGUUACAGAGCAUGCCCCUGGACCUGACGGAGACGGGCGGGGGGCUGAAGUUCCAGGCAGAGCGCCCCCAUCUGGUCAGCUUGGGCAGUGGACGCCUGAGCACCGCUGUAACACUGCUGCCAUUGGCUGAGGGCCGGACCACGCUGGGCCACGGCUCCGCCGACAUCGCCCUCCAGGGGCCCGGGGUGGCGGCCCAGCACGGCUACAUUGAGAACCUGUCGGGGCGCGUCACGCUGCACCCCUGUGGGAACCACUGCUCCGUGGACGGCCUGAGCAUCAGCUGGCCAGUGCGCCUGUCUCAAGGCUGUAUGCUGUGUUUCGGCCAAUCGUGCUUCUUCCGUUUCAACCACCCCCAGGAGGCCUACAGGAUGAAGAGCAUGAUGCCCCAGGGGGGAAAAGGAGUCUCCACGCAGGACUACCAGCUGCACACAGCCACAGAGAGCCUGGUCAAUGGGAACCACCAGCCAGGCCCCACCUAUCCCCCCCCAGCUCCCAGCGAGAGAGAGCAGUCUGAACACAGUGCCAUCGUCAGCUCCAUCGAGAAGGACCUGCAGGACAUCAUGGACUCCCUGGUGAUGGACGACCCGCCGGCCCCCUCGUCCUCGGGGGCCCGGGGGCCUCCCGAGACGGGGCGUUCCAUCGCCCACUCCCCCCUCUCGCCCCUGCUCAACGGAGGCGGGGGCUACCUGCUCUCCCCGCCAACCAGCCCCGGGGCCAUGUCGGUGGGCUCCAGCUACGAGAACAACUCUCCGCCCUUCUCCCCUCUGUCCUCGCCCUCGGCGGCCAGCAGCGGCAGCUUCACCAGCCCGUCUCCCAGCGGGGGGCCCCAGCAGGUCCAGAGUUCCACCUCUCUGCCCCCAGUGCCUGUACGCUCCUCCAGCUACAACCACAGCCCCCAGGCCGCACCGCAGCCCAGGACCGGACUGCCUAGUUACAGUAGCGGUGGCAGUGUGGCGGGGCAGAAAGUUCAGGAAAGCCCCAGGCUUCAAAGGAAGGCCCUGCUGGACGCCCCUCCAAGCCCCAAGCUCGGACGCAGAAGUGCCGGCCAAGACGGCCACGAAAGCCCUCGACAGAUCCGCCUGCUGUCCUCCACCGAGUCUCUCACCGGCCACAACGUUGUGCCAGGCAGCCCCCGGCACACGCCCAAGUUCCCCACCUGCUCCUCCCCGUCCCCCACUAGCCCCCGGACCAAGGUGGGCAUGGGGCUUCAGGAGCGUCCCUCCAGCCCAACCAGGCACCUGAACUCACAGCCACUGAGGGCCUUCCAGCCCCCCCUGGACCCCAUCAUCCACAUCAUCCAGGGCUCCCCGGGGCUCCAGCCACUUCCCCAGAGCCCCCGCUCGCUGCAGCCUCUGGAGAGCCCCCGAAUGGCCCGGAGGAACGCCGAGCUGAACGGAGGAACUUGUGGGAGCAGUCUUCGAGAGCUGCCCCCGCUCAGUCCCUCCAUGGCACGCAGGGGCUUCCCUGUGCUCCCUGGGGCCCUACCGGGCACCCCCUCUGGCCUGAGGACUCCCGACAGCCCCUCGGCUCUAGGGAAGCUGGUGCCCGGCAGCCCCCGGCUCCGACACAAGACGGCGUCCACCUCAGACGAUCCGUUUGGAGGCCGGGGGGGGUUCCGGACCCGCAGCCCGUCGCCCACCUCCAUGUCGCCGGCGGACGGGUUCUCCGGCGGCGGGGGGAGUCUCGGGUCGAGGAAGGCCAGCUUCGGGAGCUCCCUGACCCCCGCCUACAGCCUGGGCUCCCUGCCCGGCUCCUCCCCGGUCGCUAGCCCCCGCAGCCACAGGAAGAGGUCUGGCGGCGGGAGACCCCACCCGGGCAUGAGGGAGCGGAAGAACAGCAUCUCGGAGAUCAGCGACAACGAAGAUGAGCUGCUGGACUACCAUCGGCGGCAGCGAGAGGAGCGGCUACGCGAGCAGGAGAUGGAGAAACUGGAGCGCCAGCGCCUGGAGACCAUCCUCAACCUGUGUGCAGAGUACAACAAAGGCGACGACUACGACGGGCCCCUGGAGGCCCCGACGGCCCCGGGCGGUUCCGGGAUGAGGACGGGCAUCCCCACCGGAGACGGCUCCGCCCACCGGGGCGCGGCCUCCGUCAGCGCCGGCUCCACGCCUGCCAUGGCGCUGAUGACGCCCAUGGCCCCGGGGUCACACCUGGCCUACAAUGGCAGGCCGCGGGCGGGGAGGGAGGAGGAGAACCUGAGGGAGGAGGAGAGCAGCAGCACCGAGAGCACGCAUCAGGAGCAGGAGGCCCCUGCAGGGCGGGAGGAGCUGGUGUACCGGGAGGAGGAGCGUCUGGAGGUGCUGUCCCGGGUGGAGGAUGAGCGUCUCCAGGUGCUGUCCCGGGUGGAUGAGCUCAAGGCGCGGCUGACAGAGCUGGAGCAGCAGCUCCAGGAGGCCCGACAAGAGGCGGAGAUGGAGCGUGCCCUGCUGCAGGGCGAGCGGCAGGCGGAGCUGGACCAGAUGGAAGCGGAGUCAGAUGUCAUCACACAGCUGCAGCGCAAGCUGGACGAGCUGGAGAACGCCGUGCAGAGAGAGAAGGACGAGGAGCGAGCCUGUGUGGAGGUGGAGCGGGCCGCUCUUCAGGCGCUGCAGCGGGGCUACACUGAGCUGCAGGGCCUGCUCCUCCACCAGGGCCCCGGGGCCCGGAGGGACCAGCUGAUGGAGCAGCUGAAACGGGAAGGGGAGGUGCUGGAGGCAAGCAGCAAGCGGUUUGAGGACCUGGAGUUCCAGCAGCUGGAGAAGGAGAGCAGCCUAGAGGAGGAGAGGGAGCUGGUGGGCCAGCAGCUGCUGCACGAGAGGGCCGACUUCCACCGCAGCUCGGCCCGCAGGAAGGAGAAGGUGUGUGUUCUGGAGGGCCAGGCCCACCAGCUGGGUCUCCAGGCCUCCCAGGAGUCUGAGAGGAUGACCUCGGAGCGGACUCUGGCCCUGCAGAUGCUGCAGAAGGAGAAAGAGCGACUCUCGGUUCUGGAGAAGAGAUACCACAGUCUGACGGGAGGGCGGACCUUUCCCAAGCCCUGCAGCACCAUGAAAGAGGAGUAUGUGACGGUGGGCCAGCUCAGCCAGAUGUACGGGAUGCCUAAGGUGGAGUCGUCCCCCACCUCUCCUCCCCAUCGCCCCCUGCAGGCCAGCGCCGGGGACCGCGUCUUCCCCCGCCUCCCCUCUUUGUACCGCUCCACCCCCUGUCUCUCUAUGGAGUCGGAGGCCCGUAGGCCAAGCAUCCCAAUGCUAGAUUUAGAGCAGUGGUACCGGGAGGUGAUGGCGGCUGGGCAGGCCAACCAGCUCUGUCCUGUACCUCCUCUCUCUGCUAAGUCGCUUUCAGGCCACAAGCUACAGGUGUUUCGCUCAAAGCAGGACACUGACGUGGGACUGUCCGUUCACCAGACUAAAGCUGGCUCUCCGUCCCUGCUCCACCACGGCCAUGCAACGCUGGGCCGAAACUCAUCCCCCAAGAGUCCCCUUCUGGGGGCCAACAGCACCGGCAGUCUGCCCCGGAACCUGGCCGCCACGCUGCAGGACAUAGAGAACAAGAGGCAGCUCGCCCUGCAGCAGAAAGAGUCCCAGAGGCCUGGUGUACACUCCGUAGCGGAAGCCCCUGAAGGGCAGCAGGUGAUCGAGGAGCAGCGGCGGCGUCUGCUAGCCCUGAAGCAGCGGGCGGUACUGGAGGCCCAGUGCCAGUGGGAGGCACUGCGGGGCGCCCAGGCCCCGCCGGCCGCCGCCCCGUCCUCCCACUACCCGUCCUCCCAGUGCCAGUGGGAGGCGCUGCGGGGCGCCCAGCCGGCCCCCGCCCAGUCCUCCCAGUACUCCUCGGUCGCCGACGGGGGGGGCUCGCCCCACCUGAUGCACCACUCCAUCCUGCACCACCACCAGCACCAGGAGGGCGGAGGAGGGAGGCCCUACGACACGCUGAGCCUGGAGAGCUCCGACAGCAUGGACACCAGCAUCUCCACCGGCAACAACUCGGCCUGCUCACCUGACAACAUGUCCAGCAGCAGUGGAAUGGACGCCUUAAGGAUCGAGGAGAUGGGGAAGAUGUUGAGGGAGGCCCAGCUGGAGAAGGCCAGGCUGAUCGAGUCACGGGAGCAGGAGUGCUUGGUGCGCAGCCGGCUGCUGGACGAGGAGAGGAGGAGGAGGGAGGAGGCAGAGCGGAGGCUGCAGGACGAGACCUGCCAUCGGCAGCUGCUGGUGGAGAAGGAAGUGAAGAUGAGGGCCAAGAACUUCUCCCAGGCCCGGCCCAUGACGCGCUACCUCCCCAUCCGCAAGGAGGAGUUUGACCUGCGCACGCACGUCGAGUCGUCUGGCCACAACGUGGACACCUGCUACCACGUCAUCCUCACAGACAAGAUGUGCAAGGGCUACCUGGUGAAGAUGGGCGGCAAGAUCAAGUCCUGGAAGAAGCGCUGGUUCGUGUUCGACCGCCUCAAGAGGACCUUCUCCUACUACGUCGACAAGCACGAGACCAAGCUGAAGGGGGUGAUCUACUUCCAGGCCAUUGAGGAGGUCUACUACGACCACCUGCGCAGUGCCACCAAGAGUCCCAACCCCUCCCUCACCUUCUGCGUGAAGACCCACGACCGCCUCUACUACAUGGUGGCCCCCUCGCCCGAGGCUAUGCGCAUCUGGAUGGACGUGAUCGUCACCGGGGCGGAGGGCUACACCCAGUUCCUGAACUGAUGUCCCCUACAUAGCCCUGGACCCACAGGGCCGCCCGCUGCCUUCUGCAGGGAACUCUGGCUCAUAGUGCACCCCCCUCUCCUCACUCCAAACGCCCACUCCGUCUCACUCUCUUUCCCCACCCCAGCCACGCCCACGCCCGCUCCGUCUCACUCUCCUCUUCACUCCGCCUACGCCAAGUGUCAGCGCCGGAAGGCACUGGACCUGGACCUGGGUCUAGACCUGGACCUUGAGCUUGACCUGAAACCGGACCUGGGCCUCGACCUAGAGCUGGUGCUGCCAGACUAUAUUUGAAGCUCUUUCAAAUACAAUGGAUUCCACUUGACAACCUUUCUAUUAUAGAUGGAUUAACAGUCCGAUACAUACAAUGAUACAUUUCUUCCCGUCUUCAGUGUCUGGCUCAAGUGGUACUUUCACUUUUGUUUCAUUAAUUGGUCAUCAAGGCUCAAAUGUUGUUGGUGUUUCUCUGUUAUGAUUGACAGGUCAGUUCCGCUCGUGUAAUUAGAAAGUUAUGAAAAACUACAUUUCACAUGUAUUUUAUUGAGAGGUUUAGUAUGUAAGGGUUGGAUAAUUAAUUUCUACAUUUUCUACUUUUUUGUUUGGAUUUAAAAAGGGAGCCAACAGAGGACACACAAACACAUUGUAUAUAAACCAAAAUGGAACCAAACUUUCUAAAGAAUUUCUUUAUUGCCAAAUGGAGACCUUGUUGUAGUUCCAUGUUUCAAAGCCUUUCAUAUUAUAGCUUUUCUUUUCCUUUUUUUACUCCCCAUCGCUAAAGGUGCCAAAUGACUGAACAUUAUGACACAUCGAUACAUGAAGCCACAUUUCAGUCAGAGGUGGGAUCAUUCUUAUCGUAACUAUUUAAAAAGAUUUAAAUUGCAUUUCAUUACGAGGAAUUUGAGCUUAACUAUCCAUUAUUAUUCAUCAGCAAAAUAUGCAAAUCUUAAACUUGCCUGUUGGACGCCCAGCGUGGCUCCAAUGUGGAACACCUCGAGUCCAGCCUUCUGCCCACACUGGUGUUACACAAAGAGCAUUCGUAUGUCCUUCACCCUAUACACUAAAACGAUGUGCCAUUUGUAUCAAUACUUGGCCUUUUUCUUGUUGGUGCUAAGGUUUUAAGGUAACUGCUGUCUGUACUUUA